AUGGUUGAGGGGAUACCAAUUGAGGAAACUAGCCAAACAUUCCGCGAUGCUUUUGAUGCUACUCGCAAACUCAACUUGCGGUACAUCUGGAUCGAUUCGCUCUGCAUCAUUCAAGACUCCGAAGAGGACUGGCGUGAGCAGUCGGCUCAAAUGAUUCAGGUAUACUCCAACGCCUUUAUCAACAUCACUGCGACCCAUGCUCCUGACGGACAACAUGGCUGUUUCGUCGAGAGAGACCCUGCUACGACCGGACCUGUCACGGUUCGUCUCGAAUGGGGCCCUAAUCCGGGGACUUACUACAUGAUCAAUCCCGAAGACUUUCAGCACAACGUUGAGCGCGCCCCGCUUCAUAAAAGGGCGUGGGUUGUCCAGGAGCGCAUCAUGGCUCAGCGAAGCAUCCACUGCUGCAAGUCUCAGUUGUUCUGGGAGUGUAGCGAAGCUGGAGUACAGUCUUGA